CAUCUGGCCAGUGGAACCAGGUACCGGCGGGCCCCUUUGUGUACGGGGGCCCGGGGUCGUUGCCAGGGAAAGGCCUCGGCUUUAUGUCGGGGAUAGCCCCCUGGUGCGGCCCCGCCGGCGUAGUUGGGCUGGAAGUUGCCUCUUCCGUUCCCGGCCUGGUUCCGUGACCGGGUCGGGAUGUAAGUGGAGUUUUCGUCGGGAGCGGCUCAGUCACGACCAGCAGCGCCGUCAGGUUGAGAGCUCACCAUCGGGUUCUGUGACAGCAAGCUUCACAACAACUGCACCACAAGCGGGUGGCUGGCGGUGAUUGCCACAGACCAUACCGGAGACCUGGACAAGGCCAGGCUGCCCUUUCCUUCACCUUUGGUCAGUCGUGCUGGCCCGUUGACAUGUCGUCUUUGGUUAUUGGAUGACUCAGACGUAUGUGAGCCAUGCAGCUUGGGUUUCUUCCUCGGAUUUUGGAUAUGCUGCCAGUCUGUCGGUGUGGACUAUCAUCAUGGUAUAUGGCCGACUCCUGCAUCUCCCUGACCAGUUCGUGGAUUUGGUCCAGACGCUCUCUGAUUUGCUGUGGCAUGGUUCCAACGUCCUUUGUCCAUGGUGGGCUUCCUUGAUUCAGUGUGAGUGGAGUCCUCAUUGUUGUGCCAAACAUCAUUUCAUACGGAGAGAACUUGUGGACUGGAUUUGGCAAGUUCCUGUACGCCUGAGCUAUGUGAGGUACUUUGUCACAAAUAUCUACAUGCCACCUGCCAUGGAGUGUUCCUUCCUUGAAUAUUUUGAGUGCUGCAUUUUUGAUGGGGUGUCUCGGUUUUUUGAACCUUUGACAAGUGUCGCAGUUGGAUAUGUGUGCUGCUACAUCAUCGGCCAUUCUGGGCCACCAGAAAAACCUACGGUCUCCUGUUGGGUCCUCGAAUCUCCUGUAGAGUACUCCCUUUUGAAGUGUUAAGGAAUUGUAUUGGUGCCAAAGUGUUCAGGUAUUGCGCCCAAACUUGAUGACAUCUUGAAGGCUUCUGGCCUUUCUCUACUGCUGCGAUGAUUGGGGCUAAGUUUUUGUCUGCUCUCUGCAGUGAUGCCAUCUCUAGUGGUGUUUCCCCUUCAGGUGCACAGCCCGGGGAAUGUUUUGUCUGUGUUCGAGUGGAAGUCUCGUUUGACUCGGUACCACUCUUCGAUUUGUCUGGCCAGUGGAGAGGAGAACUUCCCUUCCAAGCUGAUUGGGUGCACGACUGGUGCU